AUGGACCGACCAAAUCGACCUCGCAAUCGUCAACCUCGCCCCCCACGUCAACAGCAAAACAGUCAACGGGGCGGCUCAUCGAGACCAUCCCGCGCACCAGGAACACCUCAGCAAGCAGCGGGCACAGUCCCGACAGUGCAAAAAGUCAUCCCCGGAGCAUCAGUAUACAUCAUUUUGAAAGAAGACCAACCCACAGGAACAGAGACAAAGGGAAUAGUGCAAGACCUACUCACACGAGGCAACCAUCCACGAGGAAUCAAAGUGCGACUACGGGGUGGUCAAGUGGGCAGAGUGCAAAGAAUGGGAGACGCUUCAGCUGCUGCCCCUGUGCCACCAGAGGAGCCAAAAGCACAAGCAACGUCGUCAAGAUUUACCAUGCGGUAUACAGAUGUGAGGCAAGACGACGAGUUUGCUACUGGACCACCACCGAGGAGUUUGGCAGAUUUCAUGCCCGAUUUGGAUGAGAGCUUGGGAACUGCGCCAAGUGCUGGCGUUGAGACGGUCAAGUGUCCGUUUUGUGACAAGUUUGAAGGCGAUGAGGCUGCUGUUACACAUCAUAUUGACCGGGAACAUCUGUCCUAG